CCUCAAGCACAGCCAGCCUUUCCUGCUGCGACACGCGAAGCUGGGCAGUGAGUGAUAUCUCUUUAUUUAAUGUACCCUUCCUUCAUCAACUGCUGUGAAGCUCAGGACAUACAAGAUGACACAGCAAGAAGAUGGGGCAGAAGCUGGUAUCCAUCUUGUCAAUUUCUUGGCAGCAUAGUUGAGGAACAGAAAUACAGUCGGGCUUCAAUAUCCAAGGUUUGGACACCUUUACACAGCACUAUGACAUCAUAUGAUAUGAUGACAUCAGAAGACAUUUGAAUACUAAGGCUGACAAGGAUUUGGACACCACCUACAGAAUGAAGAUCUUUUAGACUUGGAAUAAGCUCAUGUUGAAAAGAGAGAGCCCGUAGAUAUCUGACAGAAUGACUUCCAAAGAAUACCAAGUUUAUGAAGAACAAUUGAAGUAUGAUGACACCUCAGAAAACUCAGAGGAUCUGCUGGAUGAAUUCGAUGCUGAACAGUGGCGAAGUCUUCUGGACGAAGAUAGAGAUUACUACAUGGAAAUGACAAAGAAUGAGAGUGAGCUUGAGAGGAGAGAAGAAAGCAGGAUUUGGGAUGAAAUGGACAGCAACUGUUUGGCCUGCUUCCUGAAAGAAUUUCCCAUCCAGAAAGAAGAGAUUGAGAAGUCCAUCCAAUGCCUUCGGGAAAUGGCAGACAGCAUUGACAAGACCCACAAGGAUUGCACCAUCGCCAGCAUUGCUGCCAAUUCUACAAGUGCCUCUUCUGGCAUUUUGAGCAUCUUGGGACUGACCUUGGCUCCCAUCACAGCUGGCGGGAGCUUAAUCCUGACUGCUGCUGGGAUUGGCUUAGGGGCCCUGGCAACAGUCACUGGCCUGUCCACUACUGCUUAUGAAAGUGUUAAUAAUUCAAAGGAAAUAAAAAGAGCAGAAGAACUUGUGGCCAAAUGCCACGAAGCCCUACAAAAUGUCAUGCAUCCCCAUGGAACUGAUUUCAGCUCUGACUUCCCAGUGAAUAAUGGAGCGGUUGGGGAAAACAUCAAGCAUCUUGUUUCCAAUGUUGCCAGUCAAGUUCCCAAAAUGUACAGGGCUGCAAAGGGAAUACGAACCAACGUUAAGGCCCUGAAGAUUGUUCGAACCAAUCCUGCCUUGAAGGCUUUGGCCAAGCGAGCAGCGGCUGCAGGAAGAACAUCCAAGGGGACCAUCAGGGGGGUCAGACAUGUGCAGAAGACAUUUGCAGGAACCUCUCUUGCAAUGAGCAAAGGGGCCAGAAUGCUGGGUGCUGCCUCAGCUGGGGUGUUUCUCCUAUUUGAUGCCUACAGCAUUGCCCAAGAUGCUAAGCAUCUAACAGAGGGAGCCAAGGCGGAAACAGCAUCAGAGAUCAGAGAAAAAGCCAAAGAAAUAGAAGAGGAUUUGCAUAAUCUCAACACACUCUAUGAGGAACUGAAAGAAAUAGUUGAGUAAAAGAGGCCACUGAGCCAGACAAAC